GCAUAUCGAUUGCUGCGGGAGCGGCUCUGCUGCUUGCGCUGCGUCCUCGCGCGCGCGGGGCAGGGCGGGAAGGGGCGGCCGCCAUCACGGCGGGAGGAGCUGAGCUGAGGCAGGCCUGCAGCCGCCGCCGAGGAUGGACAUCAGGCCGAACCACACCAUCUACAUCAACAACAUCAACGACAAGAUUAAGAAAGAAGAACUGAAGAGGUCCCUGUAUGCGUUAUUCUCACAGUUUGGUCAUGUGGUUGACAUUGUGGCUUUAAAGACUAUGAAGAUGAGAGGACAGGCCUUUGUUAUAUUUAAAGAACUUGGUUCAUCUACCAAUGCUUUGAGACAAUUACAAGGCUUUCCAUUUUAUGGGAAACCAAUGCGUAUUCAGUAUGCAAAAACAGACUCUGACAUAAUCUCUAAAAUGCGUGGUACUUUUGCCGAUAAGGAAAAAAGGAAGGAAAAGAAGAAGGCCAAGUCUCUGGAGCAGUCAGCAAAUGCGGCAAAUAAAAAGGUUAUCCAGGGAGCAACACCAAAUUCAGCCAGUGCCCCAGGGACUGCAGCACAGAAUCAACAGGUGCCUGAUAACCCACCAAACUAUAUCCUUUUCCUUAAUAACUUGCCUGAGGAAACAAAUGAGAUGAUGCUGUCCAUGUUAUUCAAUCAGUUUCCUGGAUUCAAAGAAGUGCGCUUAGUGCCUGGGCGCCAUGAUAUUGCAUUUGUGGAGUUUGAAAAUGAGAAUCAAGCAGGAGCUGCUCGAGAUGCCCUCCAAGGAUUCAAGAUUACUCCGUCUCAUGCAAUGAAAAUCACUUACGCGAAGAAAUAACCAUAUGCUCCUAUAAAGGACUUCUGUGGAUAGGGGUUGUUUUUUUCUAAUACGAUGGAUGAUACUUUGAUCAGCUACUGUGUUUGCUGUUCUCUGCAGAAAACUUAAGACUUGUGUAAGAUUGCCAGUAUGGCUGGGACAGAAGUAGGAUUUCCACAGAUCUACUGGAUAGUAAUUUUUUGUGUUGAAAUACUAAUUUUUAUAAAAUAAAUUUGGUUUAUGGUGUUUUCAA